AUGAGUAAUGCUGUUGAAGUCGAAGUACAAGAUGAAGAUGAAAACAUGGACAAUGCCAAUGAUAUUAUAGUUGGUGAUCAAGACGAUGAUGAUGCUGUUAAUCAAAUUAAAUCCAACGUACGUCAUCGAAAAGGCCGUGGUUUCAAUGAGCACAGCGAUCGUUUAGCCAUGCAAACGGGUGAAUACGAAACUGUAGCCAAUGAUAACGAUAGCGGAAAUCCAGGUCCAGCAAGAUCUGUCGAAGGAUGGAUUUUAUUCGUCACCAAUGUACAUGAAGAAGCUCAAGAAGAUAACAUGUACGAUCUUUUUCGUGAAUAUGGAAAUAUUAAAAACAUGCACUUGAAUUUGGAUCGUCGUACUGGUUAUGCGAAAGGAUACGCACUUGUAGAAUACGAAACAUUCAAAGAAGCCAAAGAAGCUUUGGAAGGAAUCAAUGGGCAAGAUUUACUCGGUCAUACGCUCCUAGUCGAUUGGGCAUUUGUCAAAGGACCAUUGAAAAAACGUGGCACAGCUACCGGUAGUUCACGCAAAGUAACAGCUGGAACUGGCCGUACGACCCAACGGCGUUAA